AUGGAGACGUCCGUGAAGAGCAUAAUCGACCGGCUGGGGUACACUUGGUACACGGAGAUGUUCAACGACGAGGGGAUCGUAUCCGUGGGAGACCUACUGGAGAGCCUGGGUUUGAAGCAGAAGUCGACGGAGAUGGGACGGCGCGAGAGCGACGGGUCCAACAAGGCCGGCGCACGCGACGGACUCCCUCCCUACUUUUUCCUCCCGAGGUCCGCCUCGACGCAGUCGCUGGACAGCCAAGACGGGGACGCGCCCCCGCGCAGGCUCGACGUCACGGCCGCGACCAUCGCCAUCGAGGAGAAGCUCGUGGAGAAAGUGGGCGUCGGCUUCUCGCACGCAAAGGAGAUCGCCGAGGAAGUCCUCCGGGCCAUCGAUCAAACAUUAUCGGAGGUGGCCAGGGUCAGGAGGGUCGAGUCGGACCAGCUCUUCCACUUCGACACCCUCGACGGGAUGGCCGAUUUCGCGAAAGAUUUCGUGCCGAACAACGAUACGGAGGACACGGCCAAGGCGGCAUCGCCGGACCGGCCGAGGCGCGAUCCCGCGGCGGCGGCGGCCACCGCCGCGGCCAUCCGCGCCAACGUCGAGGCCAACAUGAACGGGAACAAGCCGCGGAGCGAGGAGGCGAUCGCCGCGGCCAAGGAGAGGGACACAAAAAUCGCGCAGGAAGUCGUACGGAGCAAGUCCGGGGGUGGAUUCUACUCCCCCGCGUUUCUCAGGGCGGUCGCGCCGCUGUACGACCUUCACAUGGGAGCGGAGAACCUCGGUCCGCUGCUGUACUCUUACGUUCGGUUCACCAAACCCGCAAGGGUGCUGGAGGUUGGCGCCGGAUACACCUCCAUGUUCAUACUGCAGGCGCUGAGGGACAACGCCGCGGAGCUCGACGCGUACAGGGAGCUGCGCGGCGCGGGCUUAUGCAAGUGCGGCGACGUCCCGUGGAGCGUGGAUGAGUUUUUCGUCGGGGGGCAAUCGGGAGGCGGGAGGUACCGAGGCGAUCCCUUGCCGGAGAAGACGUCGCCCGGGGGUUCGCGCCGGGUGUCGCGCGUCUCGCGGCAGAGCAGUUUGGACGACGGGGUCAGUUUGGACGACGAGGGGCUCCUCGGACAGAGCGGUGACGGUUCGGGUCCGUUCAAAACGCUUCAAAACGGUUCGAGUUCCGCGUUGUCGUUUAGCGGUUGGGCCCGGGGGGGGGUCGGUUCGGCGGCGCCCGGGUCGGAGGACGCGAGGGUGAACGAGGGCGUCUUACACUGCAUCGACAACAUGGCGCACGAGCACACCACGGCGCACGUGGUGACGGAAUCAGCGUCCGCGCUGGGCAUGAGCGACAGGCUGCAGCUUCACGAGGCGGACGCGUACGACGGCGACUUGCCGUCGACGCUGGCGCCCGGCGUCGAAUUCGAUUUCAUGUUUAUCGACCUCGGAGCGGCGAACAGGGUGGAGGGGUUCAUGGAGGCGUGGUGGCCGAGGGUCCGGCCGGAGGGUGGCAUGGUGAUGGUGCACAGCACGCUGACCAACGCGCUGUCCAGGGGUUGGCUCGAGCGCAUGCGGGAAAAGGGGAGGUCGGAGCCGGCGCCGCCGUACGGAGCCUUUGAGACGAUCUCGUUGCUGGAGCCGCACAAGAUGUUUCAGAACAGCGUGACGCUGUUUCAGAAGCGGGGCGGACCGUUCGGUCGGUACGACGAGCCGGUGCACACCAAGUUCCCGUGA